UAAGUCAAUUAUUAAUUCAACAUACAUUCUACAGCAAUUUACAAUUAUAAAGCGUGUCGCAUGUGAUCAACGACAACCGUCUCGGACUCCAGUUGCAGAGCAUUUUCAGGAGCAUUCAUACUUGGUUGUAGAAAGUUCUUCGACAGAAUCCGCUUAAUGAUGACACAUACGAUUCGUGCUCGUAUUACCAGCUUGGUGCGAAAGCUCUGGCUGGAAUACUGCGAAGAAAAUUCCAUCAGUACCAUCAAGUUUUUAAUAACGAAGAAUCAAGGACUGAUUGAUCGGGUUUGGUGGAUGAUUUGGAUUGUAAUGGCGAUAAUUUUGGGUGUGUUUAGCGCGAUUUCCACCUACAUAAAAUGGAUGGAUAAUCCGGUUUACAUAAGCUAUGCGACUCAACUAAUAUCAGUACGACAGGUGCCAUUCCCAGCAGUAACCAUCUGUACCACGGUUCAAAAUCGUAUUGAUUCUUUCAACCUUACUGACUCUGCAACGAGAUUUCGUCAGAAUGUUGUUCUUAAAGAUUCGGAGUAUAUUAAUAUCAGAGCACUUGCUCAUGUAUGUCCAUAUGUUUCCGACUGGAUUUCAUUUAACGACAAAUUAUCAGUGUCGACAGUUGAUAUUUUAAAAAAGCUUGCAGUGAAUGCAAGUGAUCUUCUAGGCGGUUGGAUGUGGGCAAAUGAAUUAUAUAGUUCGAACACAUUAUGGCCCGAAACAAUAACUGAUAGUGGAAUUUGCUUCACAUUCAAUGCAGUGGCAGCAGAAAAUUUGUAUCGCUUGGAAAACUUGCACAACGGAUUUUCUUAUUCUGGUGCUUCUGGAGAGUCAAAUGAUUGGUUUCGGGAAUCCGGUUAUCGGAGCGACUCGAAUUUGGAUGCACACCCCAAACGGGCAUUAGGCCCAGGAAUACCAUUUGGACUUUGGCUUGAGCUUUUCACUUUUUUGAAAGAUGAGGAUCUAUUUUGUAACGGUCCAAGUAAUGGAUUUAAAAUACUUGUUCAUCCACCAGACGAAGUACCGACGUUGGAUCACUCCCAUUACCGUUUGGGCUUGGGCGAUACCAUGACCCUGACGAUUAAGCCACAAACGACAACUACAUCAUCAGCACUGCGAUCGCAGUCUGUACAACACCGACAAUGUUUCUUCGAAAAUGAACGAUAUCUGCGUUUUUUCAAAAUUUACAACCAGCAUAAUUGCAUCCAGGAAUGUUUGGCGAAUUUUACCUACAGCUUGUGUGGAUGCGUGAAAUUUUCCAUGCCAAGAAGUGUGGACAUGAGAGAAUGUGAUGCCAGUGAGAUUGACUGCUAUUCUGGAGCCCAUAUGGAGAUGUAUGCUCGGACAGUCGGAAAAAUUAACGAUCAUCCUUGCGGUUGUUUGCCAGCAUGCACAUCCCUAUCCUACGAUGUCGAAAUAUCCAGUCAGCCUUUCGAUGUGGCCGCUACCCUCAAUGCAAGGGGUACGAAAGACUAUGGAAUAGAUUAUACCUUGCUAAGGGUUAACAUCAAGGACAAAUGGAUAUUGGCAACGAUUCGUCAGGAGCUGAUGGGCUUCAGUGACUCGGUGGGUAAUUUGGGAGGUCUUUUCGGACUCAUGAUGGGGGCCAGUUUGAUGAGCAUUUUGGAAAUCGUAUAUUUUUGUUUGGAAUAG